UUUGCAAUGCUGCUUGCUGAAGCAAGGAUAAAAUGCACGCCGGACUAAAACCCAAGAUUAUUAUCCGGCGCUAUUUGCAGAAGUCGCAUCUGGAGGCCAGUGAUGAGAUGUUGGAAAAAUUGGUCAACCUGGUGACGAUCCGGAAUGAAACAAUCCGUCAGGGUCUGGCAGAACUUCUCGGCACCUUCCUGAUGAUGACCUUUGGCCUUGGCUCCGUGGCACAAGUUGUGUUGGGAAAGCACAAUUUUGGAGAGUACUUGAGCAUCAAUCUUGGAUUUGGGUUCGGUGUUAUGUUGGGGGUCCAUGCUGCCGGCGGAAUCUCAGGUGCCCAUAUGAACGCGUCCAUCACUUUCACCAAUUGUGUGGUAGGAAAUUUACUCUGGCGCAAACUCCCAGCGUACGUGAUCGGCCAGUUCUUUGGAUCGUUUGCUGCCGCGGCUGUUAUUUUUGUUUUAUAUUAUGAAGCCCUACAGGAUUACACAGGAGGCAACCUGACUGUGACUGGACCGACGGCCACUGCAGGAAUCUUUGCCACCUACCCUGCCCCUUACGUGUCUCUCUGGAAUGGCUUUCUCCAGGAGCUUAUUGCAAGCAGCAUGCUUAUGAUUGGCAUCCUGGUCAUCCACGAUAGGAAGAACGCCGGGGCCUUGCCGGGCACCAACGCCUUCAUCACUGGGCUGUUGGUCGUGCUGAUUGGCAUGUCUAUGGGAAUGAACACCGGCUACGCCAUCAACCCUUCCAGGGAUUUGCCCCCCCGGAUAUUCACGGCCCUCGCUGGAUGGGGGCUGGAGGUGUUUCAAGCAGGGAACUGCUGGUGGUGGGUGCCGUUGUUGGCCCCAACACUAGGAUGCCUCGUUGGGUUCUUCAUCUACAACAUCCUGAUCGACUUCCACAAUCGCUCCCCGUCAGAUCCAGAACCUUCGAAGCAAGAUCCGGAGGCCGAGAUGUCUCCCAUGUGAUCAGAGAGGGAUGCUUGGAGAGGAUUAUGGGUUGUUGUUGCUGUUUUUUUGGGGGAUAUCUGAACCCGCUUUCCUUUCUAGUCCUCGCAAGAGAAUACAGGAGACCCUUUGGGGAGGACUGGGAGAAGAAAGAUGGGAGUCCAUCAGCUCCUACGGGGGCUGCACUAGGGAACAGUCACCUUGCUCAACGUGGAGACAUCCGUCCACCUAGAA